CCGCCCUGGGUCCCGCCGCCCCGCCGGGCGGAGCGGGGCGGCCCGGCGGCCGCCGGUGAGGCAGCGCGGUGCCGCCCCCGGGGCCGCGGUGGGCCGGGCCGGGACUGCCCGGCAGCGGCGGCAGUAGCGGCGGCGCCCGCCCCGGCCGGCAGCGCGCAGCGCGGCUCUCCCCCGGCGCCCGGGCGGCGCGGCCCCGGCAUCGGCGGCGCUCCGAGCCGGGGGAAGAUGCUGCCGGGGUCUAUCCAGAUCUCCGGGGAGACGCUGUCGGGGGCGGAAAUCCGAGACAUCUGCGAGAGCCUGCGGGAGAACUCGGUGCGGCUGCUGUCACUGCGGGGCUGCCAGCUCUCCGAGCGGGACUUCGGGCACGUCUGCCGCGGGGUGGCCGAGUCCCGCUCCCUCGCGCAGCUCAACCUCAACCUGGGCAUCGUCUCCAACAUCAACCGCGUCAAGCAGUUGGCUGAGGCCCUGAAGACGAACCGCUCCGUUCAGUCCCUCUUCCUCCAUGGGAGUCCCCUGACAGAUGCAGGCUUGGCCCUCCUCAACCCUGCUCUCUCCAUCCACCCCUCGCUGGUGGCUCUGGAUCUAGGAGACUGCAUGCUGGGUGAUGAAGGCAUCAACCUUAUCUGUGGGCUCCUGCCGCCUGAUGGGGCCAAGUCUGGCCUCAAAGAGCUAACACUGAGUGCCAACCCAGGCAUCACAAGUAAAGGCUGGGGACGCCUAGCCAUUGCAGUGGCUCACAGCUCGCAGCUCCGCGUGCUGAACCUGGACUACAACCCCCUAGGUGACCAGGUAGCCGGGAUGCUCGCUGUCGCUGUGGCCUCCAGUCGAACCCUCGAAGUGCUGGACUUGGAGGGAACAGGGCUUACCAACCAGUCAGCUCAGACCUUGCUGGACAUGGUAGAGAAUUACCCCACAGCCCUACGGACACUCAUCCUGGCAGAGAAUAACAUUAGUCCCGAGUUGCAGCAGCAGAUCUCUGAUCUUCUCUCAGAGGGUGAGGAAGAGGAGGAGACAGAGGCCCAUGAAGUCACAGCCAGGGAGAAGAACCCCUGGAUCUGCCAGAACAAGCCUCCCUGCAAUCUGCGCAGCAUCAGCUGUUCCUGUCUCUGCAUCCCAAAGAUGUGAAGAGUUAGCCAGGUCCACUGUCUGUCUGUUGCUUGUGAUGGAAAAAAGGUGUAUUACAGAGAUAGUGGUAACCUGUUCUGUGUAGUUUGUAUAUAUGAUACUGUAUUUUGUCAUGCCUACCUUGUGAUCCAGCUGGUUUGAGGGUUUGCCUUUUUUACCUUCAUUUGUCCUUUGCCCCUCACAAUUCUCAUAUCAGACUACUAGCAGACAAGCACAACCAAUCCUUGAGCCUCAAAACAUCUGGAUCCUCAUCUAUUAAAUCCAUAAAAAUAAUUUAGUGACAGUUUGGCCAAGUUUUGGAUCUAGUUUCCAGAAAUCGUUUCCUGAAAUAGAAAUUUCCCUGCAGUAGUUUUAAAUGUGCAGGACUGCCACUAGAGAUCUCCUCCCUCCCCUCCAGGAAAAACAGGGUUUUUUUCUGUUUCAAAAGGCUUCUGGAUGGGAAACUGGUACCCUGCUAAGUUUCUUACUUACAUUCUCUUUGCAGUUGAUUCACUUGCUGUGGGGAGUCACAGUGUUCCUGGCUGUUGCUCUGAGCCAUGGCAGAGCCAUCAAGCUGCCCUCACCUCCCUGAGGCAGGCAGGGGAAGGCUGCACAAACCCUCCAUUCAUGCAGUGCAGAAAGUCAGUAUUUCCAGGCCUCUCCUGCUGUAACAUGGCUGAUUGCCCAUGGCAUCCCCUGCUCUUGGGAAGGCAACACUACCACCCUGUGUGGUGCUGGCUGGAUUGCAGCCUGAAGCGUGCCCCACCUGGACACUGUCUCUCUACUGAUGAACACUCGAUGAGUGCCGAUUUAAAGGCCUGUGAAGGGCUGGGUAAGGGCACAGCUGGGCCAGCACAACCAGGAUCACCUGCAUGUCGGGGGUACUCAGACCUGAUGUUCCUCUGGCCUCUUGCUCUCUCUGCUUUCUCCCCUCCUCAAAAAUCGAUUCUGUUCUGCAGUGUGGCCAGAGCAGGCCUAGUUCCGACUUAAUCUCACACUUCUCUCAGCAGUUCUCCUCCUACCCUGCGGUGUUUGAAUUCCUGAUCCUCACCUCUGGAUCCGGAGCAGAGCUCUGCGCUCUCUGGCAGCCGAUCGGCUCACGGUUCUCUCCCU